AUGGCCAUCAAGAAGCUGAAAAUCGCCUGUUCCGGCCUGGGACGCAUGGGUGCCCGCCAUGCCCUCCACUUCCUCGAAAAGACUCCUCGCGCCGAACUCGUCGCCGCUUUCUCUCCCGAUGAGAAGGAGAUCGCCUGGGCACGCUCGAAGCUCGAACCCUUCGGCGUGAAACUCUACACCGACUAUGAAGAGAUGCUGAAACACCCGGGUCUCGAAGCCGUGGUGGUUGCUACCGCCACGACCGUCCACGCCGAACAGGCGAUCAAGGCCAUUGAGAAGGACCUGCACGUGCUGUGCGAGAAGCCAUUGAGUACACGGGUGGAUCUGAGCCAAGGGGUGGUGGAUGCCGCGAAGAAGAAGCCGCAUUUGAAAGUCAUGUGUGGGUUCUCGAGACGCUUUGACGCCUCAUACCGCGAUGCAUACAACAGAUUGGACAACGGGGACAUCGGCCGUGCAUGUGUCUUCCGAAGCCAGACCUGCGACAAGCUCGAUCCCUCCGGCUUCUUCGUCGACUACGCACAAUUCUCCGGCGGCAUCUUCGUGGACUGCAAUAUCCACGACAUCGAUCUCUGCCUCUGGUACUUCGGCGACAGCAGAGUCAAAUCCGUCACGGCGGUAGGAAUCACGGCCGUACAGCCUGCUCUGAGGAAAUACGGUGAUGUCGACAAUGGCGUCGGCGUGGUGGAAUUCCACGACGACAGGGUCGCGUACUUCUACAGCAGCAGAAUCAUGGCCGCGGGACAACACGACAUGACCGAGGUCAUUGGCACAGAAGGAAAGCUCACGAUCAACGCAAACCCUAUGGGUGGAUUGGUAGAAAUGAGCGAGCCCAGCGGUGUCAGGAGAGAAAUUCCACGUAAGUCAACCACCACCACCACCACCCACCACCACUCCUCUCGUACCAUCGUGUACUGACAUUAACGAUUCCUAGCCGAUUACUACGGCCGUUUCAAAGAGGCCUUCAUCACCGAAGCAAACGAGUUCACAGAAGCCUGCUUGGAAAACAAGAAGCUCCCCUUCAAGAUCUCCGCGGCUGUAGAUGCCGUGCGCAUCGGGUGCGCCCUGCAGGAGAGCCUGCGCUCCGGCAAGAAAAUCUACUUUGACGAGGUUGGAAAUCGGAUAGAGAAGGCGAACUUAUAA